AUAACGAGUUUGUUACUCAAAGCGUAAAGAAGCUAGUAAAAGCAGAAAAAAUAGACGUCGUGUAAAAAAUAAAUUUGAAAAUUUUUGAAAAAAAAAAACAAGAUUUAUUUUGAAUACAAAAAGAAACAAAAACCCAAACGCUUAAUAAACGGAUUACGGUUUAAAACCUCUCAACGCAAUUUUAAACACAGUGGAUUACCAAACAGUGUUUUAAAAGAAAAUUUAUUUUUAAAAAAAAAUAUUUUCAAGAUUUAACAACUUGAUGAGAAAAAAAUAAAAGUGCCAAGCAAAAAAAGAUUAUAAAAAAAAUUAUAUUACUAAAGAAAAAUUUAUAAAUUAAAAAAUUAAAUUUUUUUAAAUUAAAAAAAAAAAAAAGAAAACCUCGCAAUACUUUUGGUAUUUUUUUUGAAAAUAACGUUUGCAAUAAACAGCCUUCAAAAUUCUACUAAAAGAACGUAAAGCGAUUAUUUCUAAAAUGAAAUCUUUAACGGCCGUCUGUCAAACCGGUGCCUCCAUGCCCGCCAUCAAUCCUAAUGGACGCAUUAGCCGCCAUCCACCACAUCGUGGUGAUGGUGAAAAUGCUGAAAUGAAAAUGUAUUUGUCUAAACUUAAGGACUUAGUACCAUUCAUGCCGAAAAAUCGUAAACUAUCCAAAUUGGAAAUCAUACAGCAUGUUAUAGAUUAUAUAUGCGAUUUACAAUCGGAAUUGGAAACACAUCCUGAAAUGAGUAAUUUUGAUGCUGCCGCUGCUUUAAAUUUCACCGCCAAUUUGGAAAGAGUACACAAUAAUGGUCAGCAGCAGCAGCAGCAUGAUGAAGAUGGUGACGAUGAGGAAGAUGAUGAUAUGUAUGAGGGUAUACAAGAACGUUUAAAUGGUUCCAUGCAACAAUCUAGUCCGGCACAACGUCAACCUUUGGUUGAUCGUCAAACACCAAAUACUAUUUUACCCGCCACACAACAGCAACAACACCAGCAGCAGCAACAACAACAAAUGAUUGUAUCAGCCGUUAAUAAUACCACAACCUCCAAUUCCAUUACCACCAGCUCCUCGCCCAACUCCUUAACGACUGUUAGUUCUGCAACAACAACAACAGCUGCAGCAGUCGCAACAGCAACAGCAUCACAUACGUUAAUUAAUGAAAAAGACUUGGACAGCAGCAGCAGCAGGCAGUCAUGUUAGAUUUUAACAAAAAAUUUAAAUAUUUUUUUUUAAUAAUUUUAA